AUGUCGGCCCCAUGCAACUGCAAACACGCAGAAGCAACAACCGCCGUUGACGGCUCAUUGCAGGCACUCUCACCAGAGCUCCAGAAAGAAUUCUCGGAUCCAUCCCACCCAGCCAACUUAAUCUGUGAAUUAUGUAGGUUAUUCUACGAUAACAACUGGGUUACCGGUACAGGAGGAGGGAUUUCCAUACGUGACGUCGAUGGAGCCGACCCCAACCUCGUCUACAUUGCCCCCUCGGGAGUUCAAAAGGAACGAAUCAGACCUUGGGAAAUGUUCUUGGUGGAGCUCCCAGACGAAAAACUAUUGCGUUCGCCCAAUGAUGUACCCGAGGAAUUGACCAAGAAAUACAAAUACAAGCCAAGUGCGUGUACUCCUUUAUUUAUGAGCUGCUAUACCAUGAGAGAUGCUGGCGCGUGCAUCCAUACUCAUUCACAAAGCGCCGUGAUGGUGACGCUUCUUUUCGAGAAUCAGAAACAAUUUGAAAUCAGCCACAUUGAGCAGAUUAAAGCAUUGCCCAAGUUGAAGUACAACGAGGACAGCGGCAAAGUGGAGAAAAUCGGUAGUUUGGACUACUUUGACACCUUGGUGAUUCCGAUUAUCGAAAAUACUCCUCAUGAAGAAGAUUUGACUGACUCAUUGCAGGAGGCAAUUAGAAACUACCCUGGCACGUCGGCGGUGCUUGUAAGGAGACACGGAAUCUACGUUUGGGGUGAAACCGUCUGGAAGGCCAAAGUUUAUAACGAAGCCAUUGAUUAUUUAUUGGAGUUGGCGGUGAAGAUGCAUCAAGCCGGCGUUCCCUUGGUGAGAAGCUAA